CGUCGUCCUCGCUUUGUUCGAGCCUCUGUCACCAGCCCAUCCUCUCCCGGAACCAACUCACUCGCUGCUGCUGCCCGAUGCAAUGAACGCGAUCGACAAAUACCUCCUCUCGCCCCUGGUCGGAGCCGAGUGCUCGCAGUCGCUGCUGAAGCUCGACACCAGCCGGCUCGACUGCUUCAAGCUCUUCAUCAGCAAAUGUCUCGGCAUCGGCAUCGUCACGGGCGGCGCCAUCGUCAAGCUGCCCCAGGUCAUCAAGAUCUUCAUGGCCCAGAGCGCCAAGGGAGUCAGCCUGACGAGCUACUCCCUCGAGACCGUUGCCCAGGUGAUUCACUGGGUAUACAACUACCGCGGCGGCAAUCCCUUCUCGACUUAUGGAGAAGCCGCCUUCAUUUCCAUCACCAGCUUCAUCGUCGUCCUCCAAAUCCUCUUCUACCAGAGGAAGCUGCGGGGCAUGGGCGUCGUCUCGGUAGCCUUUCUUCUCUUCAGCCUCUUCCUGAGCUCACCCGAUCUCUGCAGCCGAGCCCUGCUCGCGGCCUUCCAAUGGAGCUCGAUGCUCAUCAGCAUCGCCUCCAAGGUUCCCCAGAUCUACGACAACUUCAAGGCCAAGUCGACGGGGCAGCUCUCGGCCGUGACGCUAUUCCUGACCUUUGCCGGCAGCGUCGCCCGCAUCUUCACGACCCUCCAAGAAGUCAACGACAACCUGAUUCUCCUGAGCAACGUGGCCGCCUGCGCCCUCAAUGCCAUGCUGGCCCUGCAGAUCGUGAUCUACUACAAGAAGGUGUGUGACAUCGACGACUAUCCCGUCGACGAAACUUCCGAAAAGACGCCGUUCUUGCCGACAGUGCGUCUCCCCAAGGAUUCCAAGGCCCACUGAUGCUCUUCCCCCCCAAGCGAUUCCCCGAUCCCACCGCCCUCGAUGUUUCUGGAUCCAUCUCGAGUGUCCGGAUUCGUUGCAAUUGGUACGGUGACACAGCCCCAAGAUAUAAUAUACAUGUGGCCCUUUGGGCCGCUCCUGUGGU